GUAAUAGGUCCUGGUACAAGUAGCAACAAACAAAUACAGAACAUCCCAACCACAGUAACCAAACCACCAUGCACUGAGUAAGACACUUCCCGCUUAGUGUUUCCGAGGGAAGUGAGGUAGGGUAGAUAAGAGGAACCCCUGCAGUGAAAGAACUAGUUAGAGUGGAAAAAGAACAGGAGUACUUGUGGCACCUUAGAGAGGCUGUUUCAUUGUAAACGCCUACAGGAGAAACCCAGACCCGGGACUUCCCACUAACACAAAGGACGGAUUUUCCUGGAGACUCCCCUGGAAUCGACGUCCCCCCAGGCAGUGGGGAGAGGCGGAACAAUGAGGAUUUUCCCCAUUCUGGGUUGGAUGCUUUUCCCAGGCUGCUGGGCGGUGAGGGGCCCCGGGGCAGUGCGCGGCCCCGCGGGCGGGUCGGUGGCUGUGCGGUGCCGGUACCGGGCGGCCUAUGAGGCUUAUCCGAAGUUCUGGUGCCGGGAAGGUUUGGUAGGAAAUUUGCGCUGUUCCGACGGGCUUCGUAUCGUCCAGACCGAUGGGUCGGAGGCGGAGGUGACGCGGGGCAGAGUCUCCAUCCGAGACGAUCACACCCAGCGCGUGUUCACCGUGACCGUGGAGAACCUGACACCGGCAGACGCCGGCUGGUACCACUGCGGGGUACGGAGAACUGGGCGUGAUCUCAGGGCCACUGUGGAACUCACCGUCUCCCCAGAAAGGUCAUCAUCAGCGACAGUGCAACCAGCUUCUUCUUCCCCCUCAAUAUCUACUUCCCCCUGGACAACUACUGAGGAAGGGAAAUCCAGCUUCUCCGCUAACCAAGACACCACGUCUCCUGUUUCCCAGCUCAGCAACGUCCAUUUCUUGCUCCUCUUCAUCUGGAAAGUCCCCAUCUUUCUGUGCAUCAUCUGCAUGAACAUAUGGUACAGGAAGAACUCCAGGGAGAUGCUGGACAGACAUGCUCCUUCCUAGUUUAGGAAUGGCUUGGAACCAGCAGAAGAAAGAUUGAGCUCCCAGUUUUGUGCACAGCAGCUACUCCCACCUAGAGCUCACAUGGAUCUGUGUAAAUGAAAUCCUGUAACAGUCAGCCCUGCUGAAGGGUUCAGUGGAUCCAGAUCUUACUCCAGAGUGAGGCCAAAGGAGGGGAUGAGCCCCAAGGGCACAGUUCCCAUCACAAACAUAGAGGAAACAUAAGGUGUCAG